AUGGUAGAUCAAGGAAAGCAUACACUAAAACUCAUUUUGAAAGAAGCCAGACUCAACAGAGAUGUGAAUACAUUUUCAACAAUGGAUCCUUAUGUAGUGAUGAAACUAGCUGGAGAGAUUUACAAGAGUGAAGUUUGCAAGGAUGGAGGAAAGACCCCAAGUUGGAAUGAAGAAUUUGAGUUGACAUGCACAGACCCAUCUGAGAUCAUAGAGAUUAAAGUCAUGGAAGAAGGAGGAGUGCUAUCAGAUGAAGGUAUAGGGAAAUGCCAAGUCAAGCUCUCUUAAUUCAUGCAUGGUCGUGGUAUUACUGAAUGGUUCGUUUUGCUCUGGAAAAACAAGAAGGCAGGUGAGAUUAUGGUUUAAAGCAUCUGGUCUGGGCCUUCAAGAACACAGGAGAUUCCAAAGGUCCUACCGCCUCUUGGCUAAAUGAGUCAGUAAUAACAUUAACAGGUUGCUCCAGUCUAACAGCAAGUUCAGCAAUAAGUUUAUUAGUAGCCUCAGAUGCAAAUGCAACAACCUUAGUAUUCAUAAUCUGCUCAGCAAUAAUAUCAAUACCCAAUGAUGACACCCGCAUAGUAUUAACAGUAUCAGGCAAACCCCGCUUACUAUAACUAAGCUAACUAGCAACAAGCCUAAUACACUGCAGCUUAAUAUCAAUAAUACCAAGCCUACUAUGCAAACCAGUAACAGUCUGCAUAUCCUUAAUAGUACACAACUUCAUAUUCAUACCCAGGAUACUACUGA